AUGCUGAAUUUGAGAACUUCUGCUGGGACCUUUCGUAGGUCCCUCGGCGCUAUCGCAAAGAGGGACUUGUUCUCUCAAUAUAGGGGUCUGCUCACUCUUGCGAUCGAAACAUCUUGUGAUGAUACCUCGGUUGCGAUUGUUGAAAAGAAUAACCAGAAUAAUACCUCCGCCGGGACCGCAAAGGUCCAUUUUCUUGAGAAUGUGACGGCUGAUUCGAGAGAAUACCGUGGCAUCCAUCCGAUCUUAGCCCUAGAGUCGCACCAGGAGAAUCUCGCCAAUCUAGUUCACAAGGCCCUAUCUUACCUACCAGUGCCGACAGAAAAUAAGAAUGAUAAAUCUGCGUUGAUACACUUGGGUGAUGGGAAAGCUCGCCGAAGACCGGAUUUCGUAUCUGCUACUAGAGGUCCCGGGAUGCGGUCCAAUCUCUCUGUUGGGUUGGAUACGGGGAAAGCGUUGUCGGUUGCGUGGCAGGUUCCGUUUGUUGGUGUUCACCAUAUGCAAGCGCAUCUUCUUACUCCGCGGCUUGUGUCUUCGUUGAAUCGAGAUCAAACGACGUCGUCGGAGGCUACCACGCCUGAGUUUCCUUUCCUUUCUAUUCUCGUCUCUGGUGGUCAUUCGAUUCUUGUCAAGUCGGCUUCGAUUACAGAGCAUGAGAUUAUGGCGUCUAGUGCUGACAUUGCUGUUGGGGAAUCCCUUGAUAAAUCGGCGAGAGAGAUCCUCCCUGCCGAUCUACUCCAGAAUGCAAAGAGUACCAUGUACGGCAAAGUGUUGGAACAGUUUGCCUUUCCAAACGGUAGCAUCGACUACGCCGACUACCGCCCCCCAAUGACUCGCGGAGAAGAACAAAUCAAACAUGAAAGCCCCUGGGGCUGGUCUCUGACUACCCCGUUCGCCAAUACCCGCCAUCUGCAAUUCAGCUUUUCAUCCAUAGCAAGCGCCGUGACGAAACUGGUCUCUCUAAAAGAGAAAACUGGUCAGAGCAUGUCCCACGAGGAGCGAGUUGCGCUGGCGCGCGAAUCAAUGCGCAUCUGCUUCGAACAUCUCGCCUCGCGAACCAUCAUCGCCCUCGAAGCCCUUCGUCAAAAGGAUACUGGAUCUGAAGAAAUCAAGACUCUCGUCGUUAGCGGUGGCGUCGCCGCUAACCGCUUCCUCAUGACGGUGCUCCGAUCAUUCCUCGAUGUCCGCGGGUUCGGACAUGUCGAUAUCGUCGCGCCCCCACCGUACCUGUGUACCGAUAACGCGGCCAUGAUUGGAUGGGCUGGGAUUGAGAUGUUCGAGGCGGGAUGGCGGACGGAUCUUAGCUGUCGUGCGCUCAGGAAGUGGACGCUUGAUCCGCGGGCUGAUGAUGGUGGGGUUUUGGGCCCGAGUGGGUGGAUGAAGAUGUAA